AGAGAAGAAAAGAGAAGAAGAGAAAGGAGAAGAGAAGAAGACUUCUCACAAUCUGGUGAUUACAAGGAGAACAUAGGAUGUCCAAUGUCACUGAUGAGAUGGAACCAAACAUCCUCUACAGCCAUGGACAUUUGUUCUCUAUCCUGGUUUCAUCUUUUACGACCCUCGUAGGUGUCCCUGGCAAUGCUCUGGCACUUUGGAUUACCGGAGUGAAGAUGAAGUGGACCAUGACUACCAUUUGGUUCUGGAACCUAGCUCUGGCCGAUAUCAUCUGCUGCCUGUCUCUGCCAUUGACUGUAGCGCAGUACUUCUACCCAUACUGGUUGUACGGUCCCGUUCUCUGCAAGAUUUUAAACUUCAGCCUUGUUGUUAACAUGUUUGCCAGCGUCUUCACCUUGGUGGCUAUCAGCGUUGACCGUUGCAUCCUGGUUGUCCAACCCAUUUGGGCCCGAAAUCACCGAAGUGUAAGAAUAGCAUGGAUGAGCUGCUUGGCUAUUUGGACCUUGUCCCUUGUGAUGUGUCUGCCUUAUGUCCUGUACCAAAAGUUCUACACUUCUGGUAACAGAACUUGGUGCUAUUCUGAAUUGGAUACGUUGGAGCUCACCGGCUACAUCCACAUGGUUUUUGGUUUUCUGCUCCCGUUCUUAAUCAUUUCUAUUUGUUACAUUUCUGUGGCUUUUAAAUUACAAAACAGAAGAUUUACAGAAGCCGGUAAUAAAAUCACCAAGGUGUCUUUAGGGAUCGUAGUCGCAUUUUUCAUCACCUGGGCCCCCUACCACAUCAUGUCGGUAGUCCUGAUAUACACUGAAAAUGAAGUAGUGGACAUUUUUGACUUUCUUUCGGACUCUCUGGCCCAGUUGAAUUGUUGUAUCAACCCGAUACUCUACGUCUUCAUGGGGAAAGAUAUGAAGGAUAAGUUGAGACAGUCUAUUGGAGAGCUCAUGCAAAAUACACUUAGUGAAAGCUUAUCAAGCCCAUCAACUCAGAGAAAUCAGCACACGGCGGCAGACAACGGGCCUCUACAGUGAAGAUCUCGUGUAAAAUGCAAACCUGUGCCAAAGGACAAUCGAUUGCUAAGACCAGUGGCGGCUGGUGCUCAAAUUCUUUUUGGGGGGGGCGCAAACAAACUGAAAAAAAACCCCAUCAAUUGUAGCCACUGUGCCCAUCAAACGCAGCCACUGUGCCAUCAAACGCAGCUACUGUAACCAUGAAUUUCUGACAGUGUGCCCCCUCAAUUGCCACCAGUUUUCCCAAUCAAUUGCCGCCAGUUUGCCCCAUCAAUUGCCACCAG